AUGGCUCGGACGAUCCAGAAACCGCGUGUCAUAACGGGCGGCAAAACCUGCGGCCGACGCGCGUUUUACACAGCCGCCCAGCGACGGAGGAACAGCAUUCUUCAAGAUGCGGCACUCGGCAUUUCCCGCCCAUCCCUCCGACGCCUCGCCCGACGAGGCGGUGUCAAGCGUUCGACCCGCCUGAUGUACGACGAUUCUCGCGCGAUGCUGCGAGCCUUCCUUCGCACAGUUGUGCACGAUGCGGCGCUUUAUGCAGGCCACGCGUAUCGCUCGACUGUUACACCGAUGGACGUUCAGUACGCUCUGAAGAAGAGCAGGAUGAUGCUCUACACGUAG